CAUAAUUAACAUUGCAAAAUGGCGUCUGUGUUUGUAAAAUGGGACAAUGACGACAGAUUGAUAAAACUCACUAUGUAGACAUUGAAACAUUCAACAUUGGAGACAAAUUAUAAAUCAACAUGGGGCUUGUUGGCCUCAAGUUACUUCAAGUUCUUCUUAUUCUUUUAUUGAGUUCAGAUGGAAAAGCCCAGAAUGCUGAAAGCUCUUAUGAUAUGAAUAAUCCAGGUAAGUGUAACUUUGCUGGCUACAUGACGGUGAAGACAGGCCAGCACGUCACGCUGUACGCCGAUGGGACCACGGCCAACACGAUGAGGUGUAACCUGAACUUUGUGGCCGAGAACAGCAAGGCGGAAAUUGAAGUCACUUUUCAGCGCCUCAUCAUGGAUGACUGUAACGUGCAUCUCACACUGAUCCUUGAGGGCUCUUCAAAUCCGGCUACAAAACUAAUAUGUGGAUCGGCAUUGCCAGGAGCGAUGGUCUCGCCCAAUGGUCGAGCAUCCUUUCAGCUGAACAGGGACUAUAUGGAUGCCAGAGGGUAUAACUAUCAGAUGACCAUGACUGCUUAUAUCCCUGGACAAGAUCCGACCCUAACCGAUGCAAACCCUAUUGCUGUGGGUCUUAUUGUUGGAAUCACUGGUGGCGUCAUAUUCUUCCUUGUCAUGUUGGCCAUCAUUGGCAUCUGCUGCUACAAGAAGAAAAAAGAACACAACAGACAGAAGGCAUCUUAUGAAUAUAAAAUGAGGCUCGAUGAACCAGAAAUGUCCACUACCAGUUAUGGGUAUGCAAAUGAGGUGACCAGCAAUGGGGGUGUUCAAGGCAACUAUGAUGGUGACGAAACUCCAAAGUCUGACAAGAGAUUAUUGAUGAAUGAUUCUUAUCCUGAAAACUCUGUGGCGGAAAAGACCUCUCCACUUAUUGGCUCCUAUGCCACAAGUCCGAAGAAAUCGGAAACCUUUAAGUACAACCAGCCUUUGAGGCAGAGUGGAGGUGCCCGCAGAGACAAUGCCAUCAACGAAAAGAAAAUUAAAAGGACUGGAACUGAUGACGAGCAAGACUCUGAUAUACCCAAAUCUCCUAUUCUUGCCGCCCUUCAUGGUAAUCCAAGAUUCCGAGCAUCGUUUGCUGCAAACGAGGCAGAGGCUGAAGAAAGACGGAGGAGAAUAUCGUCUAAUGCUUCAGAUGACCACGAGGCAUACUCUGAAUCAGGAGCCUCUUCGUCAGGCCUCGUUAACAAGACUCCUCCUGCUCCUCCUUUACCUUCAGCACCUAAAUCUCCACGUGGCAAGAGGUCAGCAUUUGCUAGCAUCAAAAGAACACCUCGUCCAUCUUCAUCUGGGAGUGAGAUAGAACAUCUACAGCGGCGGUACAACUCUGAAGAUGGUGAUGAAGAAAUCAGAGUACUGCAUGACAGUGAUGAGCCACCAUCGCCAGGGGAAAUGGUUCCAAUCAGGAUCCAUAAUCCCCAGGCAGCUGCCAAUUUAAAACCUACAAGCCACACGCUCAGGCCCAACCGAGGGAAGAGUCCACAGAACAAGAGAAAAGAUGCUGAGCUGUACGAUCAGAAACCUGUUAGGAAAGCAGAGUAUGAACCAGCUUUUGAGAGAGCUUCGACGCGACCUGCUGGGGGAUUCCAAAAGAACAGCAGUGGUAGGAAGAAGUCGCAUAGGCCACCUCGGAUUGGCCGAAUGGCUUCACGGAGUACUGGGUCUAUUAUUGAUGAUGACAGAUCUGGCACUCCCAAUAGCAUGGCAUCUAGACUGCGGGAUGAUGAUGAUCUGGAUAAUUUUGCUCCCUUAGAGAGGUCACAAUCAAAGCAGUCCUUAUACUCCUCAAGAUCAUCUUUGUAUGGUCGUAGACGAAGACGAGAAAGAAGAAAUUCCUUUGGUGAAUCUGUCUCCACCUACACACAAGAUGACAUUGAUGCUUAUGACGAUUAUGUCAUACACAGUCGUCCGAUGUCCAAGCGGGAUAGAUACGACCGAGGCUUCAAGUCACUGGGAGAUCUGGAGUAUGAGUUGAGAGAACAGUCAACUCAGACUCUGAGAGAGACUGCCACACAGACAGGCAAAGGUCACGCUGUUGUGAUGAAUCCAAAGCGUGUCGUUAACAAGAAGCCUCUACCAAAACACAUGAGUUCUUCUUCCACUCAGACUGCCAAGAAAACAAGAAAGGACACUGAAACGGAGUCACGGCCAAGAACGCCAAAGCCGAAGUCUAAAUCAGUUGAUUUGGAUACCGAAUCACCAAUUGAGCAGAAUGUUUCAGCAAUACCGAAAAAAAUUAAGAAGUCAUCAUCAGUAUCUUCAACUUCAAAAGCUGAUAAACCUAAACGAAAGAAACAGAUCACUGAUGCCAGUUCUGAAGUUGGUGAUAAGCCCCAACCAAAGCUUAAACCUAAACCGAAGCCACGUAAAGUAACCAAUGUUGGUAGUUCUGCUGAUGAAUUGAGUGAUGCUAAUUCCAAAGGAUCAUUUGAUGGUGUUGAAGAGCCUAACGCUUAUGAAAAUGUUGCUAUGCCACCACCUGGAACAGUUCCAUAUGUAGGUCAGCAUGUGCCCAUGACAAUGCCACAAAUGAAUCCCCAGUAUAUGGGACAGCCCAUGUAUGUUCCUCAGUACUAUGGACCGGGAGGUGUUCCCAUGGUAGCACAAUACCCUGUGGGACUUCCACCAGUGGCUUUUGACCCUAACCGACCAGGCCCUGUUCCAGUGAUGGCACCCGGAGGUCCCCCAGUAACUGGUCUUCCUCCUCCUGCAAGUGUUUCACAGGCACCACCAUCUUCACAACCUUCUACGCAACCCUCCAAGUCUAAGUGGGAGAUGCUGUGUUCUUUGACAGACUCUGCCGAGCCUGCGCAUCAGACGGCAGAGACCGAAUCUGUGACAGGCUCCGUGUUUAGUAGCACGCCAUACCCAGCUAGUACCAGUGCUUCAGGACAUCCUCAUCCUCAACCGUACGUUCCAUCCAGUGUGCUUCCUGGGCCAGGUAGUGCCUACCCAGCGACAGACUUUGUGCCUCAGACCCAUUCCUCACAUCCAUCUUCAAACCAUUCCUCAGAAAGGGCAGGUUCUGCGACAUCAAACACGGCUCCUCCACCUUCCAGCAGCAUGUACCCACGGAAGUCUUCGUGGGAGGCAUUGAAGGAGCUAACAGAUAAGCAGUAUACACUGACUUACGGCAGUAAUUAUGAACAGUCGGAGAGCAAUGUGUAGUUCGAUGUCAUUGGUUAGUCUUGUAAUACAUAUCGGUGAUGUCAUUGGUUACUUUUGUAAUACUUAUCAGUGGUGUCAUUGGUUACUUUUGUAAUACAUAUCGGUGAUGUCAUUGGUUACUUUUGUAAUACAUAUCAGUGGUGUCAUGGUUUAAUUAUGCAACAUCAUUUUUACUGAUGUCAUUCAUAAAACAUUUAUUGUUUGUUUUUUUACAACUAGAUUAGUGCCAUUUGUGAGUUUUACAUGUAAUUUGAUAAUGGCAUUAUAUGCUUUUUUAAUGUUACAACCUAUUUUGUGCAUUUGGGUGGUUUUUUUUAGAAUAAUAAUAGGGUUUUUUUCCUAUGAAGGUAGCAUGUUUAUAGAGAAUAAGAGGUUAAUAAUGUAGGUUAUCAGGUUUUUCCUGUUCCUGUGCUUGUAACAGUGGUGAAAUCUACACAGCUUGCUAAGAAGAAUUCCCCAUUCAUCCUGAACAGGAUAAGGCUGAUAGUCUAAGUUAUUAAUUUGGUAUUAUUUUUAUGCUGCAACGCAACAAGAACAGUGAGAAUAUCAUCUUUAUUCCUAACUUCUGAUAUGCGCCAGCUAACAACAACAUGUGUUUAGUUUCACAUAUAUUUGUUACAUUUGUCAAGUUAAACACUAGUUGUUAAAUAUUAUACAUAUUAUCUCAUUUUUGUUCUAAUAUUUACCACAACUCAAAACUUACUUCACUGAAAUUAAUGAUGAGAAGAAUAUGCAAUUGAAAAUCUAGUCAAAGCAAACAAAUUGAUUCAGACAGGUCAUGUGAUAAGCGAUAAUCCUGCUAAUAACAGUUUAUGACUUCAUUUUAAAUGGUCACCAUAAUGAGUUAAUACAAACAGUGGUUUCAGAAUAAAGUUAAAUAACCUCAUGGUUAAAACUUCCAAACAACUUCUACUUUGGAAUUUAAUCAUAUGUAUUUGUUUUUUUAUUCACAAGUUUUACUAUUCAUUUGGAACAGUGUUAAUCUCCCUGAAUGUCGGUAUGAAUAACCAAGGAUGACCUCUAUAAUAUAGCACUAAUGUAAAUCAUAACUUGUGAUUAAAAUCAAUUCAUAUCAGCACAAUUUCAAAACAUUAAACCAUCUUAAACAAAUAUAGAAUCUUAAAAACUACCAUUUGUAUAUUAUUUAAAAGAUAUUUCCAAAUAUAUUCUAAGUUAAGUACAGUGACCAUUGGGGUAUGAACUUAUUGGUUAUUUUUAGAUGUUACUGUAUAUAAAAUGAUUGCAAUUCCUUUAAUGCAAAUGGUUGUUAUAUUUUAAACAGAGAUGGUAACAACAUAACCAUUGAUGGUUUUCUGAAUCUCAUUUAGGGGGUGAUCCUUGAAAAUCCAUAUCGAUAGGUACAUGUACUUCAGAAAGUAUUUUUAAAAAGUCCUUAAACUAUCACUUUUAUCAUUCCACUUUGAAUCCCAAGUAACUGUUGCAUACUUGUGUUCUUUUGGUUUUAUAUUUCACUAGUGUAAUUUUUGUUCCAUUUACAAAAGCCACUAUUGUGCUACUGGUACAUAUUAUGUUGAACAUAUCCCCCCAUAAUGUGUUGCAUAAAACCAGCCUCGCUGGUGCAGUGGUUAAGCCAUUGGACUAGAGGCUG